AUGAAGACCGUAAUCCAACGAGUCAAAUCCGCGUCAGUGACGGUGGAUGGCCAGUUGAUCUCGAGCAUCGGAAAAGGUCUCCUCGUCUUCGCAGCCAUUGGAAAAGAUGACACUAAGAAGGAAGCCGAGUCCAUGGCUUCGAAAAUUCUCAAAGCAAAGUUCUGGGAUGAUGCAGAGGGCGGUCGAUGGAAGCACAAUGUUCAAGAUAUUUCUGGGGAAGUCUUGUGUGUCUCCCAAUUCACACUCUAUGCUUCGAUGAAGAAAGGCAACAAGCCUGACUUCCACCACGCCGCGCCACCGCAAAAAGGCAGGGAGCUCUACGACAUUUUUAUUGGCCAAGUAAGAAAGCUCUACCAAGAAGAGAAAGUCAAAGACGGCGUCUUUCAAGCCAUGAUGGAUGUCGGCAUAGUCAAUGAUGGCCCGGUAUCGCCCUCCCCUUCUCCUCCCUCAACACCUCUCGAUUCAUCCGCUCCUGCAUCCCCUGUUCUCUCACCUGAUUCGCCUCGCAAUCCACCAACAUCACAUAUACCCACAACACCAUGUAUAGGUGUGGAUUUCACCUGCCUGGACGAAGUGGUCACUAUCGAGAUCGAGACCAACCCCCCAGAAAUGAAGGAUCCUUCUGGGUUUCCGCCAGAAGAUGGCGAAACGCACAAAGGAAAGAUUCAGUCGACCUUCGAAUACCCUGCCUCAUUGCUAGAAUGA